CGGCCUGUCAUGAUAUUUGUUUGAUUUCCACACUGAGAUAAGUAUUGUAAGUAUUGAAAGAUGCUAUCAGUGAGCGCAUGGGUGCUUCCCUCCUGCAGGGCUUACUCUCUGUCAUUGAGAAGCUGAAGGGAUCCACUGAGCGGGAGGUCAGGAUAGUGCUCCUGGGCCUGGACAACGCCGGCAAGACCACCCUGCUGAAGAGCCUGGCCUCUGAGGACGUGAACACCAUCACACCAACGCAGGGCUUCAACAUAAAGAGCGUCGCCUCUCAUGGGAUGAAACUCAACGUUUGGGACAUCGGAGGACAGAGGAAGAUCCGGCCCUUCUGGAAAAAGUAUCUGGAAAACACAGACCUGUUGAUUUAUGUUAUUGACAGUGCAGACAAGAAGCGGUUUGAAGAGACGGGCCUGGAGCUGUCUGAGCUCACCGAGGAGGAGAAUCUAAAGGGUGUUCCAGUUCUCAUCUUUGCCAACAAGCAGGAUCUGGCCACAGCAUCGCCAGCCAGCGAGAUCGCCGAGGGACUCAACCUGCACACGUACCGGGACCGCGAGUGGCAGAUCCAGGCCUGCUCUGCUGUGAACGGGGAGGGAGUUCAGGAUGGCAUGAACUGGAUUUGCAACAACAUCCUGAACAGGAAGAAGUGAACCAGCGGCGACACUGACCACAGUCAAACCGAGAGUCGACAUCUCCUCAUUUCAUUCAAGGGAAUCAAGAUGUAUCACCUCGUUUCAAAUGAAUGCACCUAUCACAGAUCCUGCUCCGCUCACAGAUCUGAACAAUGACGUUGUUUUUACGAUUUGUGUAAUUUUUAUGAAAAUAUUGCGAAUGUAGUUGAUUUAAAUGUAACAUUUCUAGCUAAGAUAAGUGACUGAAGCUCUGACUCAUCAUUGUUCGGCCCUAAACAUGUGUUUGUUCCCUUGAUCCUAAAGACCCUUGUCUGGUGAAUCUGUGUGCUUUCUGGAAACCAAGCUGAGUGUGUAGCCAUGUUUAACUUUUAGGGUUUAUCAGUUUCAUAGACAUCCGUUCAUUGUGAGUUUAAAGUAUGUGUUUGAGAUUUAUAAUAAAAUAACUCGUCAUUUC